AUGGACCUUCUUUCUGCACUUUUAAACGAGCAGUUCUUUGUUCUCUUGCGUAGGUUUUAUGACACCGUCUAUCGAUCUGUGGUGGUUCGCCUUUUUGACAUAGGUGCUACGGUAAUGGAGGUCGAUUCGCAUGAGUUUUCGCCUUCUAGAUGUACUGUGAAUUGGCCCUCUAAAUCUAGUGUGCUUGAGACACCGGAAAGAAAGCGUUUCCAGCAUUCGAUUAGCUUUUCAGAUUCUGGUUUAGGCUCUUCGCUCCUUAGAACACCGCCUGAUCAGGAAUCGAUGAAGCCGCUUAAGACCUCACCGUUAUUAAGAACCCCUACGGAUCGAUCAGGACGUUCUGUGGAUAGCUUCUGUUGUAAUGCGACACCCUCACCCAUAAAAUCUUUUGUUCAUAUGUCUUCAUAUAGUAGUACGUUUUCAUCACCUGAAAUCAGGAAGUGUUCAUUAUCAAGGCAUGAAUUACGAUUAUCAAAUCCAGAAAAUGCGACCAGUUAUAAAUUCAGUGGUGACACUUUUAUUAAGAAUCGUGGAAGCCCAAUUAAUAUGACAAGCAGUGAUAUUAUCACGCAAAAUCGACCGUUUUCUGUUCGACAAAACCACAUGACAGCCCCGAGCACCUCACGCGCCUCUAACAGAGCUCUUGUUCUACCUUCACCCAGUAAUGAUGCUGGGAUCGAGAAUGACGAGAAGGCAGCAGAUGUUACAAUUCCUUAUGCUAUUUUAGAAACUCCUAGUAAGGGUCUCGGAUUCGACCCCAUAGACAAAAACUUUUUUGGAGUGGACGAUUUCAUGGGUGUUGCGACGUCAACUCCGCUUAGAGAUAUUAAUGAGGGUCAUGUAGAUAUGAUGGCUUUUCCGGUCAACUACCCUAGACUGUAUGAGCAGACAAGUGGCCCGUUGGAAGGCAGUAUUUGUGAAUCCCUUGAAGCUCCUGGACCAGUUUCGGGGUUAUUUACUUCUCCUAGUAAGAUAACUUUAUCCAAUGCGUAUCCUAAUGGCCCUCGUUUUGUUGAUAGAAGCUUAUCCGAGCCCUCGUAUAACGAGGUUGUUCCGGAUCGACCAAGGCCCGCUUUUUUCACUAGAGGACGCGAGAACUUUAUUGAUAAUUCGUAUUCAGUGGCUGAAUCAGCCAGUUUAACCAAUGUUAACGUUACUGAGCCCAGACCGUUCCGGGUGCCUACAAAAUCCCUGAAACCAUUUUCACGUUCGUGGUCGAAAAUAGUCUUCGGAGAAACGAGGGAACAGCGUGAGCUGACUAGGCGUGCACAUACGUUUAUGGAAACUCAUUCACUGCGCACUUUUCUGUAG